GCGAGACGAGCCGCCGCGCCUGGUCGCCGUUGCCGCGCAGCCCGACGGGUGCCUCACAUCGCCCGAUGCGCCGCGGACGGCCAGCGCCUGGACAUGUUCCGCCUGUGCCCCCGGAGGGGCCACCUGGACACGGUCGAGGCCUCGAAGGUGGUCGCCCGCGGGCCGACGGAAGCCACGGCGAUGGAGUGGUUCCCCCUGGUGCACGGGCAGGAGCGGUUGUUGUGCCUGGGUUUCAGCCACGGGGGCGUGAGCCUACUGUCGCAGAGGGGCGCGGUGGUGCUGUCGUUCCUCUUGCUGGCCCAGCCCGUCCUCCGCGCGCGCCUGGGCGCGGAGUCCGGCGGCCCGCCGCCUGCGCACGAGGGCGGACUCCUGUUGCUGCUGCACGGUGGCAGCGCCGUCGCGGCCGUGCAACUGCAAAGCCUGCGCCAGGCGAUCCUCGCCGAGGGAUGCUGCGAGGGCUCCAUUCGCUUCGAGGUCCUCGAGCUCCAGGGCCGCGCCGCCACCGUGGACGUGUGCCUGGUGGAACGGGCGCGGCCGCUCGAGGAAGCCUUCGAGGCGGGGUCGACGCAGGCGCUGGUGGCCCUGGGCUCGGGGCCCUUCCUGUCGCUCCACCGCGUCCACCUCGACGGCCAGGCAUCCGCGCGCGCAAGGCUCGGCAACGCAGCGGCCUCCACGCUCGGCUCCCUCGCGAGGGCGGUCGCGGGCCUGCGGGGCGGCCGCUCCGGCGCGCGCGCCGCCCCCUCCCAGGCGCCGGCGGGCGCCCUCCACCCCCAGGACAUUCAGGUCAAGGGCGGCGCGCGGGCUUGCCUGCCCGCGGCCGCGCAGUUCCUGGACCCCACGCGGGCCGGCGACACGCUGUGGCCUGCGCCCUGCUGUGGCGCCGGCCCCGGGAGCGCCUCGCCGCUCGCCGCGGCCUGCGACUCGUUCGGGCGGGUCGGGCUGCUGUGCCUCGAGACGCUGCGGUGCCUGCGCCUGUGGAAGGGCUACCGGGAGGCGCAGGUCGCCUGGCUCGCGGGGGGGCCCGGCAUCCCCGCCGCGGGCGGCGGCCACCUGGGGCUGGUGAUCUACGCGCCGAGGCGCGGCCUGCUGGAGCUGUGGGACGUGGCCGACCCAGCCGCCGCCCAGCGAGUGGGCGCCGCGGUGGUGAGCACCGACGGGCGUUUGCUGGGCCUGGGCGGGCAGGUUUUCUUCCUCGGCGCCGACGGCCGCGUCGACGCCGUCGAGUGGGGCCGGCCUCCGCGCGAGGGCGGGGCCCCAGGCGCUCGCGACGCGGCCCUCGGCGGCCCGCCAGCGCCAGGGGCGGCGCGGCAGCCAGCGCCUCCCGCGGAGGUGCCAGACAGGCCGCAGCCCGAUCCCGCCCAGGACGCGGCGGCGGAGGCAGCGGACGCCACGGGCGCAUGGCUCUCCACGCCUGGGCCGGGCGAACCCAGCGCCCUUGAGGCCCUGCUGGGCUGGCUCUGCGACGGCACCGCGCCCAUCGCUGCGGGCAGAGCGCCUCCGGCGGACCCGCCGCCGCCAGAAGAUGUGCUGUCAUUGCUCCUGGCCCGCUGGCAGCAGCAGGACAAGGUCCUGGACCUGCUGCGGCGACUCGACUCGGCCGUCCUCGUCGCGGAGGGGCUGGCCGAGCUCUUACGGGCGCAUUCGUCGCUGAAUCGGAGGCUGCUGCGGGCGGUGGCCGACGGCGCGCUCGCGGAGGACACGGCCCUCGCGGCGCCCAGCCGUACCGCCGCUGCCGCGGUCGGCUGGGUGCUCGACAGCCGGCCCUGCACCGAGGCCAGCCGCCAGUGGCUGGCGGGGCGGCGCGAGGCGCUGGGCCUGUACGCGGAGCUGCUCGAGACUGCGCUGCGGCCCGCGCCCGCGGAGGCCGACGUCACGUGGGAGGCCACCGCGGUGGGCAGAGCGCUGGCGCUGCAGGAGGCCCACCUCUGCGGGCUUGGUGCCGACCUGGCGGCGCCUGGGGGCGACGACGCCGUGCUGGCGUAUUCGGAGUGGCUGGCCCGGCAGCCGGACCUCGGGGGCGGUACGGAGGACCUCGCGCGCCAGGUGCGGGCGGCGCUGAGGUUGUACGCCCCGCCUCCGAGCGCGGUGCCGCCUCCCGCUCGCGCGCGGGAGCCGCCGCGCCUGAGGCUCGCUUUCGACGAGUUCGCGGAGGGGGGCGCGCCCGGCGCCACGGCGCACUUUGCCUGCCAGUCGCUGCUGCUCUCGCCCCGCGGCGGAGCCCUGGUGGCCCUGGUCGCAAGGGUGCUGCGCUGGCCACUGCUGUCCGAAGGCUGCAGCGGCGACGGGCGACCGCCCUGGGACGAGGCCCACGACGAGCUCCCCGCCUCGGUGGGCGACGACGGCGGCCGGGCGCUCGCGGAGCGCGCGCUGCAGUGGCUCUGCGGCGUCCCGCUGCCGGUGCUGCUGCGCGCCGAGUUGCCCCGCGACGCGCCACCGCCGGGCCACAGGCUGGGCCGUGCCCUGGGCGACAGCCUCCUCGAGGUGUUCUCGGAGCACCCGGACGUCCUACGCUGCGCAGUGAGUUGCGCCCCGCCACGCUUGCUGCCCCAGCUCACGCUGCUCUGCCACAUGAUGGCGAUGAGCGAGGAGCUCAGAUCCCAGCAGGCCGGCUCGGUCAGCGGCAAUAUUGCAGGAUCGUUGGGCGCACAGUUGUGGGCUCCGCUGGCAGCACAGUCGUGCGUCUGGCUGCGGUAUACCUGUGCCGCGGCCGCCGCGCCCGCGGCGCCGGACUCUCCGCCCCUGAAUGGCGCGCCCAAACAAGACCAGACUGGCACAGCGACUUGCCGGGCCGACAUGCCGUUCCCUCUGGCGAGCGUGCACCGCGUGCUAUACGCGUGGCCCGCCGUUGUUGCUGCCCACACGCUGGCCAUGGGCGUCCACCCGGAUGCCACCUGGAGUAAUUGUAUUGUCGACCUCGGCUCCUCAACGGAGCGGGCGUUGCUGGGGCUCGGCUGCCAUCCGCUCAGCAGCUGCGACCCAGGCGAUGCCCCCUGGCCCGAGCUGCCAGCGGGCGGGACCUCGCUGGCGUCCUCGGGCGCGCCGCCCGUGCCGCUGCCGCUGGCGGUGGCCGUGAACUGCGCGCUGCUGUCGCUCUGGAGCUACCUGCGACAGGGCCGCCAGGGCACCGGCCUGGCCAGCUGCUUGGGCUGGCUGCGCAGCCUGCACCCCGGCGCUGGCAGCAGCGCGCUGCGAGCCGCGGCCGCGUGGGUCGCCUUCCAGGCCGCGUUCCUGGACGUGCUGCCCGCCUGGCUCGACUCCGCCGCACGGGGGCCAGGGGCGGGGGCUCCCCGCGCCGAGGUGGACGCCGCGAUCUCCUUGCUGGGCGAGGCCGCCGAGAGCCCCAGCGAUGCCGCCCCGUGGGCCGACGCCGUCUUCGGCGAAGGCUCCGCGGCGCCGGCUGCGCUGGGCCCCGCGUCGCCGGAG